AUGAAAGAAGAUAAUUGUGUCGAUUCCAAUGCCAACGAGAAAGAAGAGAUUGAUGUUGAUGAUGAGAAGGGCGGUGAUGAUGGUGUUGUUGUUGUGAUUCAUGAAGGGAAAAUCAGGUGUAAACUUCAAAAGGUUUCAAACUUGCAUCACUUUCAAAUUGAGGUAUUUUAUCAUGUGAUUGAUAGACAACUUCAAGAGCUUAAUAAUCGAUUCACCGAGGUGAGUAGUGAAUUGCUUAUUUGUGUAGCAAGCUUAAAUCCAAGAGAUUCAUUUUUUGCAUUUGACAAGGAGAAGUUGGUUAAUUUGGCUCGAUUUUAUCCAUCAGAAUUUUCUUCUUUGGAGCUUACGGGAAUAGGCAAUCAACUUGAAAAUUAUAUCAAGGAUAUUCGUUCAUGUGAACAGUUUUCUAAUUUAGAUGGGAUUAGUGAUCUUUCAAGAAAGAUGGUGGAAACUAGAAGACAUAUUGCUUAUCCAAUGGUGUAUUUACUUUUGAAGUUAGCAUUACUUUUACCUGUGGCUACUGCAACUGUUGAAAGGAGUUUCUCUGCUAUGAAAUUUGUGAAGAAUCAAAUGCGCAACCGUAUGGGAGAUGAGUUUUUGAAUGGUUGUUUGGUAACAUACAUUGAGAGUGAUAUAUUUGAUAGUGUUGAAAAUGAAAAAAUCUUGCAACGCUUUCAAAAUAUGACGUCACGAAGAGGGAAAUUGUAA